AUGCCGAACGUCGGGCUAAAGACAAAAACCAAGCGGACGGCCGCUCGGUCUCCGUUCGAGGCCACAACCAUGCAUCCCCGUCCCGCCGAUGAAGAUAUUGAGAUGGACGACGAAACAAGCUCAGAUGAGGACGAUGUUCUUGAGAAGGAUGAGGCUGAGGAGAAGCUGGAGCGUCUUCUUUUUGGUGAUGAUGAGGGCUUCAUGAAUGCAUUGAGAAACCAGCAGGAGCGAGCCAAUGCUAUGCAGCUCGCCUUACACAGCGAUGCGGAGAACGGAAGCGCUGAGGAGGAGGACGACGAUGAAGAUGGUGGCAUGGGUUCCAUGGCUGAUGAAGACCUCUUUUUCCUCGACUCAGGCGCACCGGCUUCCACAGAUAUCAUCCCCUCCCCAGAGACCCCGUCUGACGAAGAAGACGACCGAGAGGCCUUGCCCGCCAUCUGGCAUGACAGCGAUGAUGAGCGCCUUGCAGUCUCGCUCGCUGGCCAAGCCAAGCUGCGCAAACUGCGCAACACAGAGUCAGAAGAUAUCGUCAGCGGCACAGAAUAUGUUCGGCGACUUCGCCGGCAGUUCCAGCGCCUACACCCAACUCCCGAGUGGGCGAAUCCGGAGGUUGCGAAGCGCCGCAAGACCAAUUCCGAUGACUCGGAUGCGGACAGCGAUGAGGUCAUGGAUUCAGACGACGAGAAUGAGCAAUUGUCCAUGCAGCCUUUAGCAAAGCUGCUUCAGAAUACUACCGACUUGACCCGCGUUGAAGACAAUACUCAACCAGGCAAGAAGCGCAAGCUGCGUCAGGAGGUGCUCGACAUUGCGCGGUUGAAGGAUGUCGGAAAGGACCAACCGUCCUCUGUUGACUCUCUCAUGUUCCACCCUCACUACCCACUUCUGCUCUCCUCAGGGCCCGCCUCAACCCUCUUCAUGCAUCACAUCUCUCCCUCCGCCCCAGCCCCGAACCCCCUCUUGACCUCUCUGCACAUCAAGCGCACCCCCAUCCACACAUCCGCCUUUGCCCCGCCAACAGGGAACAAGAUUUUUGCUGCUGGUCGCCGGCGUUACUUCCACAUCUGGGAUCUGGAUACCGGCAAGGUGGAUAAGGUCAAUGGCACCGCAGACCGCAAGGAAGAGCAGAAAACCAUGGAGCGCUUCAAGCUCUCCCCUUGCGGCCGAUACGUUGGCCUUGUAGGCACCGCACGGAAGGGCGGCGGCCUGAUCAACGUGUUGGAUGCCGGCACCGCGCAGUGGAUCGCACAGGUGCGCGUUGACGGUCGCGGUGGCGUCGCUGACUUCGCCUGGUGGUCUGACGGCCAGGGAAUGACGGUUGCCAGCAAAAAUGGCGAGGUCUCUGAGUGGGAUGGCAAGCAGCGCCGCAUCAUUGCGCGCUGGCUCGACGCAGGCGCUGUCGGCACGACCGUCCUCAGCCUCGGCGGCCGCUCCGGCCGCACCCAGCUUGGUGGCGACCGCUGGGUCGCAAUUGGCAGUUCCAGCGGUAUCGUCAAUAUCUACGACCGCCGUGAAUGGGCGGCAGCCUCGGUGGAUAAGUCUACUGCCGAUAAGAAUGGCGUCCAGGCUGGAAUCCCUCGAAGCCCGACCCCAACCCGCGUGCUGGACCAGCUCACUACCCCAACCAGUCAUCUGGUCUUUGCGCCGGACGGACAGAUGCUGGUUAUGGCGAGCCGAUGGAAGCGCGAUGCCUUGCGAAUCGUUCACCUCCCGUCCUGCACUGUCUACCGUAACUGGCCUACCUCGAACACUCCACUAGGACGCAUCACAUCCGUGGCUAUCUCGCCUAACUCUGAGCAGUUGGCUGUGGCCAAUGAACAGGGCCGUAUUCGCCUGUUCGAGAUCCGUGGAUAG